AAACAUCAAAUAAUGAACAACUUUCUGAGCAUUUGCCUACGUCUUUUACUUUUCGACUUUCAUGAUUUAUUCUCCACUAAAAACAAUGACAGUGCCUUUCUCGUCUCUCUUACCAAACGUAACACAAUUCCUGAAUACCAAUCAGUUCCACCGGGAGCCGUCAUUACUGAACCAGCAAAAAAGAUAAUAUUCAAUGCUCCAUUUGACAGUAUGCAUACUUAUCAAGUGAAAGUUAUCAAUUUAUCAAAUAGAACAAUUGCUUAUAAUAUCAGAACACUCAAUAUGAAACGAUUCUCCAUUUAUCCACCGUGUGGAAUUCUGAAGAAAACACAAAAUAUGUUCUUUAAUAUCACAUUUGCUCCAUUUAAUUAUACAACUGAAAACACUAAAAAUGAUCGGAUUACUGUGAAAUGGAUUAAUACACCAAAUAAUGAAGAUGAUGAGUACUUUCGAGAGUGGUUUCAUGGAGAUGGAAUGGUUAAUCAGCAUCAUAUUUAUAUUCAGUACAAUAUUUGAAUUUACUGGUUAAUGAAGAAUAUGGUUGUUU